UGAAAAACGGAAGACCGGAAAUAGUUAAAUGAUACAGGAAACACCGCAGAAGGCAAGCGACUGUGCUGAUUGACCCAGAUUACCUGUUCACCUCAGGUCACCAUGUCUCGAGCCCGGCAGCCCCCGCUCGUCACAGGCAUAUCGCCCAAAGAAGGUGCAGCCUGGACCAAAGUCACGAUCCGUGGAGAGAACCUGGGCACGGGCCCAGCCGACCUCAUCGGCCUGUCCAUCUGCGGUCACAACUGUCUGCUGACAGCCGAGUGGAUGUCGGCCAGCAAAAUAGUGUGCCGCGUGGGACCUGCCAAAGACGACAAGGGAGAGAUCAUCGUCACCACCAAGUCCGGAGGUCUCGGCACCUCUACGGUCUCCUUUAAACUAAUAAGGCCAGAGAGGAUUGGUAUCCUAGAUCAGUCUGCAGUAUGGGUGGAUGAAUUAACCUUCAGGACAGACCGCAACAAAGGAAUCUCUCCGCUGUCACUGCGCCCCAGCAACCCCCUGGGCAUCGACAUAGACAAAGGCAAAAUCACACCUAAAGAUUUGGAGCUGACAUUUCCAGGAAUGAGCGCAGACUUCACCAGUGAGAACUUCUCUGCGACCUGGUACCUCAUAGAAAACCAUGCAGGCUCCAGCUUCGAUCAGUUGAAGAUUGCAGCCAGUAAUCUGAAGAAGCAGGCUACUAAGAAGAACGAGGGGAGUCUGGCCUAUGUGAAAGGAGGCCUCAGUACAUUCUUUGAGGCUCAGGACGCUCUGUCAGCUAUCCACCAGAAGCUGGAAUCUGAUGGCACAGAGAAAGUGGAGGGAUCAAUGACUCAGCGGCUAGAAAACAUCCUCAACAGAGCGAGCAAUACUGCCGAUACUCUCUUCCAGGAGGUCUUGGGCCGGAAAGACAAAGCUGACUCCACACGCAAUGCACUCAACGUCCUGCAGCGUUUCAAGUUUCUCUUCAACCUGCCACUCAAUAUUGAACGGAAUAUUCAGAAGGUACUUAACCCUGUUUUCAGGUGUUAAUGGGCACAUUUUAACCUAAACCGCAAUCAUUUCCUAAACCAAGUACUCUUUAGUUCUUAAACCUAACUAGUGAGAGAAAGAAAAGGUAAAAAGCCUGUGUGGACAAUGUGAAACAGCAAAACAAGUGCAAAAAAUACACAGCUCUAAACAGGACGUGAACCAUCCUCUGUGUGAUAACCCACCUUUACUCAGUUUGUCUGCCCUCAGCACCAACUUUUGUUUUUUGUUCAGUUAUGGAUUAGAUGAACAUCUGUUUUGUAUUGUGCACCUGAAAACUUUGGCCAAUGUUUAGGACUGGUUAUUUGUUAUACCAUUCAUUUAAUCCUGUUUCAGUUAAUGUAGCUAUCAAAACGUAACAGUCUUGUGACCUAUUAUUGUUUAGUUGGUGGAAAAAUAAAAACUAAUGCCCCCCAUGA